AUGUCAAGUUUUGGAAAUCCACGAGCUCGUCGUGGUAGUGGUGGUGGCGACGAUGAGGAAGAGGAUGCUUGGGAAUCCUUGGGACCCCAGCCAGGUGUCUCUCAAGCAACAUCGCAUCAAUCAGGAACGUCCAAUCAUUCGACAUCCCUUGUCCCCCGCACAGAAUCCGUGCAGAGUCUUCGCCGAAGAGUGGAAUUGCGACAACAUUUGCAACAGCGGUUGGUUCAUCAUCCUCUCCAGCUACUAUGGAGCCAUUUCCUGUGGCAUUUGGCGCAAGAAUUCUGGGUUUUGGAUCUCCAAAUUCGAGUAGCCUUUCUGUUUUUGGUGGUGGGUGCCAUUAGCAAAAUCAUUGUUCUAUCGACCUGUCUCUGGUACCCACGAGUGAUCCUGCUUUUGACAAUCAUGUUGGGAACUUGGAUCUACAUGAACCCACAUGACAUCCCCAGACGGUUCGAACGCUUCAUUGAUGCCGUCAUUCAUCUACCCCACAGAAUUCCGGAAACACUGGAGAACCUGAAUCCUCAAAAAGCUCGCAUUCUCUGUGUGAUCCUUCUAUUCUUUCCUACCAUUUUGCAAGUCAGGACAAUUACCUUCUUGACCACUCUCAAUGCACAUGGGGGUGGCCUUGUCUGGAAUUUGAUGGUGGCUAUUCUCAUGGGAGCUACCAGUGUCUCGUACUUUAUUCCAAAACCUACCAAGGCUGCAAGAGAGGUCUUUCAAAUCUGUUUGCUCGUCUUGUACGGUUCCGCCUUGUGGAUUGUCAUGCGACAAUGGAAAUUCAUGACCAUGCCAUCUUUGGCAGCGCCCUUCUUCUUGUCGACGGGCACUCUCAUAUUAGCCCAUGACGAACACGACAACAUGGAAUGGUUUUCCGGAAUGGUACGAAAUGCCUUGAGGCAUACAUUGAGAGAUAUCCUGGCCCAAGUGGGGACUUCGGUGCAAGAAGAUGAAAUGCUGCAACUGGCCAUGUUACGCUGGAUUGUGGAUUAUUGGUCGUACAGACCAUCAUCGCAGCCGCAACCACCACCACAAGCUCCAUCAUCGCAACAACAAGCGACACCUCCAAACACUACUCAAGCUACGCCAGACUUGCAACAAGAGCUUCAAUGGGACGAGCUACAGCAAAUGUUGGCCACAACAACCACACAAAUGUCAACCGAAGUAUCAACACUGCAGCAAAGCGAGAAUAAUCGUCCAACAACACCAACAUCUGAAAAUACAGACACUCCCAGCUCAUCAUCAUCGUCGACAGGAAACAAAAACGAUCGUCCGACAGAGGAUCCAUUGAAUAACCUACACAAUAUGCUGGCAUCCAUGAAUGUGGACGAUCGAGCCAAGCCGGCUGUAGCUGCCUACAAACGCAACGUGGAAGAAUUCCCUCCCACUCGAGAGGUAGCACUGGUCGUUUCCAUUGCCAGACGUUGUCCCGCAUCUUUGGCAUUCUUCUGGCAACUUGCCAUUGCUUCCAUGUUCCAAUCCUACAGCACAACCUUCUUCAUCAUGGUCAUGUUGAUUCCUUUGAUGGCGUUGGAAGUGCUAAGAAUCCAUUCGUGGGCCAAGACUUGCGAGGCCAUGUCACGUCAUCUAGACGGCGAUCAUUCCGAAACGGAACAAUCAUCUACAUCAACGGAUACUACUAAUAUGAUGUCCAAGGUUCUCCCCGAGGCAGAUCCAAUGACAAUUUUACUUUGCCACGAUGAGGCUAGUAGCUUGGCAGUGGACUCGGAGGAGGCAUCUAGUGAUGAUGAGAAACUGACAAUUCCCACGCUGCUCAUUGUUUGGAGAAACAUGCGCAGUUCUGUCGGUGCUCUAGAGGCGAGUCUGACAGCAGCAAGAUGCGUUCAGACGGGUGCAGUCGCGGUCGACUUUGCCAAGAACGUCAUGUCGCUGGCAGAGUUUGGAACCGAGGUGUCUAGGCACGGGUGGGUGCAUGGUUUGGCCUUGAUUGCGAAGGAAGUCAUCUUUGAGCACCAAGGUGACAUUAACAGUGCGCCCCGAGGAUCCAAUGCAACGUUCACCAGUUCAGCCGUGAACGCCGUACAAAACAGCCAACGUAUUGCGCAUAACUUGGGAGUCCUGGCCGAAGAAGACAACCAUAUUGGCAGAGUUGUGGCUCCAAUCGUAGGGUUCUUUGGAUUUCUGGGCAAUGUGUUUCAGCAAAACAAUGACGAUGGCGACAAUAACGAUACCGACCAAUCCUCUCGGGAGAACAGUGGAGGAACUGCCGGAGACGAUGAGAAUAAUAAUGACAAUGUGAGACAAUAUGCAACUAAUGAUCUUGUCGACGACGCCUCGGAAACAAUGGAAAAUAUGGAUGACGUCUCUCCAGACAUCGCGAGCCGAGUACAGCCAAACGAAAGUGAGACCAAAACUGGCUCCACAGCAAAGUCAGAAAAAGCCGAAGAUGGCAUUGAUCUCCCGGCCAAAGCUUUGAGCACUGACGCGACUUUGUCUAGUCCUGACAGUUUCAGAGAAGGUUCAUCGAAGAACCCUGAAGAAUCGGUUGCUGCCACGGAAUCGUCAUUAGGGGCAUCAGAGGAGGCAGCUCAGACUCUCUCUGUGGACAAGAAAGAGACACAACGCAUCAUUACGGAACCAUCAUACAGCAAGGAGCAUCAGCCGGCCAUCGACAUACCAGCUGGUACAGGCACCCUCCUUGCAUCCAGCCCGCAAGAGGAGAUCUCGACCAAGGCUGCCGACAAGGAGACUUUGGACACUGUUGCCCCUUCCGCCAAGGAUUCCAGCACGUCCCAGCCAUUUGUUGAAACCAAAGAGUCGGAGCCCGUGUCCACGACCAUGACAUCUGAAACAGCCACCAAAGAGUCUGAAGCUGUGGCUGAAACGCCCGUGCCUGUAAUCGAAGCCAAGGCAGCUGAAACCAAAGAAUCUGAACCCGAAACGAAGCCAUCUGAUCCCGAACCCAAAUCCAAAGAGGCUGAGAUGGCAUCAUCGUCAGAGAAGGGAACGAAUGAAACCGAGGCAGCAGUUGAAAGUGAAAGCGUGGAGAAGCUUGCUUCAGUCAUGGAGCUGAUCGCGGAAGCCUACGAGAAGGACUUGAUUGACGAAUCGGAAAAGAACGAGUUCUGUAUGAAGUUAUCUGCCAACGGGAAAGACAAUGACUUCGUCGUGGGAAUGGAAGCUACUUUGAGAGGACUUAUUCUGGAGACAAGUGGAGAGGAUAAUAUGGAUGAAGCAUCUAGAACGAUAGUCCCUGGUAGGUGCACGUCACCCGAGCAGGAACUUCGCGGGAAUGACGGUGUUGCAGAAGGAGCCGGUGCCGGUAAGGUUAACGAAUCGGUGAUGUCUGACGACGGUUGGAGUCCCAUUGUGGAGUCUGUUGCCUCGGAAGAAGCAGCGAUCCAACCCCUCGAUUACAGUGACAGGCUGGCGAAUGCCGUGAGGACACGAGAGGACUUGUCUACACCGCACCUAACUCCUAGUCAGGCUGCGGCCACCGCUACAACAACGACAGAAAGCGACGAUGGAGAUGACGACAACUUGUGGGUGAAGGUUGGCGUUGGCGUUGGAGUCGGAGGCCUCGCGGUGCUUGGAGCUGCAGUUGGAGGGGCUUUCCUGGCCAUGAAUCAGGAUAAUCCGAACAAUAGACGGGAAAACACAUCGAACGUCACCAUUGAACGCCUUGACGACGAGGAUGGGAACGAGGAAUGGGAAUCUACAGACCAGAGACAGCCCCAGUGA